CCGCUUCUGGCUCAGGCUGAAACAGGACGAACAGACGCGCGACUAAGUGCGAAGCCUGUUCACUUUGAACUUUACAACAAUUAGUUUUUGCGCUCCGCCGCAGCGACGAUCCGCUUGUUCCGCACGUGGAUGUACUUCGAACAGCGGACUUUUGGAGAAACACUGAAGAACCCCGGGUCCUGACCUCAUGCCCCAGCAGACAACCCGCUGAACCUCCGCCUCCGCCUCCGCCUCCUGUCUGCGCGGCGCCCCGUGCACCGCAGGCCACCUAGGGUUCGGGCCCAGCGCCAUGGUAACUCACAGCAGGUUUGCCUCCGCAAUGAGCAGCAGCCCCUUGGAUUCCAACAUGCGGCUGCCUCACCGUUACAAGACGUUCGCCUCCAAGACCCAGUACCAGAUGGUGCUCACCACGCUGCACAAGCUGCAGGAGAGCGGCUUCUACUGGGGCCCCAUCACGGGGAAGGAGGCCAACGCCAUGCUGGCGGCCGAGGCCACCGGCACCUUCCUGGUGCGCGACAGCUCCGACAACCGGCACCUGUUCACCCUCAGCGUCAAGACGGCGUCCGGCACCAAGAACCUGCGCAUCCAGUGCGACGUGGGCUCCUUUUACCUGCAGACCGACCCCAAGAACAUUCAGUCCGUCCCCCACUUCGACUGCGUGCUCAAACUGAUUCAUUACUACAUGCCUCAGAGCAAAGGGAACACCCGCAGUGGGAGUAUGUAUUACAUCUUCUCUGGAGGCGAGAAGAUCCCCCUGGAGCUCCUCCGGCCUCUGUCCUGCAGCCUGUCCACCCUGCAGCACCUGUGCAGGAAAGCGGUGAAUGGACAUUUGGACAUUUCCUCGAAGAGAGAGCAGCUUCCUCAUCCCCUUAAGGAGUUCCUGCAGGAGUAUGAUGCUUCUAUCUAGAGGCGUUGUACCGAUGCCCUUGAGGGGCCACAGACUAACCACGAGAGCGGAUGGGUUUCCGUACAGCUACGCCUGACGUGAAGCAACGAGGGAACCGGGCGAAGCCAGCGAAGGAGCGGUUCUGGGCUGAAAAUGCGCGCGGUUCCCAUUUCAGACAGACUCUGGAUUGAGGACUAACCCUCAGCGAAGGCCCGCGAGGCAGAGAGAGCUCCUGUUAACCGGUCCCCAGUCCGAUGACACACGGACCCUUGUCCUGCUGCUGCUGCUGCUGCUAACCAGUGAGCCGCGAGGCCCUCGGCUCACACGUCACCCUCAGAACCCCCACGCGCCCCCCGAAGCCGGACCGGGCUUCACCGUCAGACUUUGCAGGACAAUCUCGGACUCGCGGCGCUCCCCGGUCCAGUGUCCGCCGGAGGACGGCGACGCUCGCGGCCAAAAACGGAGCGAAUGCUUUGUUCAAAGGAGAGGUUUAUGCCAAACUUGCCUUAUUUGGCAACGGUGUGUUGCAACAAGAUCCAAGAUCCUGAGCUCCACAGCUCAGCAGUCCAUCCGCCUUCAGCGGCGUGGAAGCCAGAACCAAGACUUUGGACCUGACAGCAUUGUCAGUGCUUGCAAAUGAAUGUAUUAAAAUACAAGAAAUGGGUUCUCCUAACACGAAGAAGGGUCAAAACCAAUAUUUUCCUGAAAACAAUGUUUACACAAGUGAAGUGAAAUAGUAAAUCUGUUGUUGUACUGUCUUUUAUAAAGAUGUACUUUUGCCGGUGACUCAACCGGCGGCGGAUGCUUGAAGAUAUUUGAAAAGUUUGACGACGCAAGCAGACUGAUGACUUUGCACUUAUUUAUAUUUGUAUGAACAUUUCAUUAAUUUAUAAUAAACCCCACUAUUUUUAUAAGAACACCGUUUCAUUGUCUGACUUCCACCGAACGCGUUGGUGACAGGAGGGAAACCGCUGCUGUGACAGAAGCGUACGCUGAACACAAGCAUGACUCAGUGCCCUAUCAGUGUGUUAUCGUGUACGAUGAUCAAGAGCUUCCAGAUUACUAUUUCCCAGAUUAGCUUCAGCGGAACACACAGUGGCUCAAUUAGCUCAGAGAGUGCACACGUAUUUAUUUUCUCAGCUGAUAAACCGUUCUUCUGAAAAAAAGGAGCCGAGCAGCUGCUUCAGACAAAAUACAAGCGAACCGUCGAGCACCAGAUCGGAACGUUCAUUUACUCCGGUGUGACUAAUGAGAUUCUUUGUAGGUGAUCACAUGCUCGCACAUGCUCAGGCUGAUUAUAACACGAAUGGUUAUUGUAAGCGCCCCUUUGUCUUGACACAAAUACAUUCCCAGGUAGAAGACGUGCUGUAUUUCCUAACUCAACCCCACUAAUAAUAGUAAUAAGUGCUUCUUAUUAUACGUGACUAAUAUUAGAGACACGAGCAGAUGAAACGUGUGCCUCUGUCUCGACUUGACAAGCGUGGGGUGAUGCCUUCAGGUGAAAACAGCCGCGGCGGCGGAACCAGCUGACUGGGUUCGCACACCGAUAACAGGGAACAGGAACGGAAACAAUAGCAAAAAAGGACGCCGGCUUUUAUUUUACAUCCUGUUAAAAAAAAAAAAAAAAAGAA